CGCCACUAUACUCCGAGGGAAGGAUUUACUGUUGUUUAAAGUGAAUUGUUUUAGCGAAAUAUUCAACUUUUAAAGUCUUCCGAAUUCUGAAAUUUAGUGCAGAAUUAUUCAGUUUACAUCGGCGCUUCUUAUUAUCUAAAAAAAUUGAAUCCGCAUAAACGGGUUGCAAAGAUAUUUGCGGAUUUUAUGUUUGAGUUUUAAUGCAAGAGGUUUAGCCAGAGCAGAGGUAGAGAAGCCAUGAUAGUUUGAGAAGUUGCCGUGUCUCACCGCUAGGGGCGACACUAAUACAGACUAAAGUGCAACUAGACAAAUCUAAGUUUGUUUCUCCGACUCAAAAUCUUGUUUAGAGGCAAAUCCACUAAGAUCUAGACGAGAUUAGAUGGUUCUCCGAGAGUUUGUUUACUGCUUCCCUCCAUGUACAGGAUUAAAUUAAUUUACAGAGAACCAACCACGCAUCCCGGUGAGGAUGUCAGGGCGGGGUGGAGGGAAGGGACGUGCACCCAGCUCAGCUGCACCACCUACUCCUCCACAAGGGGGAGCUAGAGCUAAACAGAAGACCGUUAAUCAAAUAAAACGUGCUCCUAGCCGCUCCCCGGCAAGGGGUGCAGCAAAGGGUGCUAAAGGAACCAGCUCCCCCGGUAGAGGGAGUCCGGCUCUCAGGGGUAGGGGCGCAAAGGCUCCUGGCAGAGGGGCUCCCUCACCAAGAGACUCCCCAGCAGCCAGGGGUAAAAAUAAAUCUAGUCUGGAAACGAUUUCUAAAGAAAAAGAGAAAAAAGUUGAAGAAAUUCCCGUUGUAGAGGAAAAUCUGCGAAAGCGGAAAAAAGUGUUCCCCAAAAUAAGUGAAAAUCCUGAGGCUCCGGAAAUGGAGGAUAUGGAGAACUUAAAACAUUCCCGUGUUCAGAUUAACGGAGUGAAAAACGGAUUAGAUCAUUCCCAGGCGGACUCCAACGGAUUCAAUUCCUCAACUGGGUCUGAUCUGAAACCCCCCGAGUCCAGCGAAGCUGUUCAUAUAAUUUCGGAAAUUCUAACAGACUUGUCAGAUAUAAACCUUUUAUACAGUGCCAAUGGUGGAUUCAAGGAAGCAUCCGAACUUGAUGGUAAAUCUAUUGAAGCUUCUGCUCAAAGUUCUGAGUCCAGAGAAACAGAUCAGAGUUCAGAGCAACCUAAUGCACAGAAAAUAGAAACCAAAGAUUCAGCUUCCCUCACAUCGUCGGACGGAGACGAAAAUUCGAGCUUAGAGACGAAAUCCGGAGAAAUAAUGUCGACUGACGAUUCUUUAAAUAAAUGUGAUACCCUUGAGCUUGAUACUGGACUAAAUGAUAGACUAGUCCAGUCACGUGAUAACGGACAAAAUGAAGGACUAGUCCCAGAUAGUGAUACAGGACUAAAUGAUGGACUUGACCAGUCUCGUGAAACUAGACUUGAAGGUGGACUGGAGCAUGGUGGUGGGUGCGAACCUGAGUCCCUGCAUGGAUAUACAGAUGUAGUUGAUCUGAUCUGUACAGAACAAGUUAACUACUCUACUACCCAGGCUAAUCAAGGCAAGGAGGAGAAUAAACCAGAUCCUAUCUUCACUACCAUCACUUUAGAUGCACUUGAGACUGGGAUGGUCCCUGUGGAGUCAGUUCACAUUGAGCAUAUACAGGCUGAUGGAACUAUUACUGAAAUAUCUAAUAUAGAGCUAGCAGAUGUACCUGUUGACGAUGUUCCCAUGGUAGUUCUCCAGGACCAAGAAUCCAAUGGUAAACAGGAGGAUCUAAACAUUAAGCAGGAGUUACCCUUUGAUAAAUCCAAACUAUUCUCACAGAUGAAUGACAUAUUUGCCAAAGACACGCAGGAAGUAUUGAAACGUAAAACACUGAAAGAGAAGGAGGUCAAAAAGAAGAUUAAAGAAGAAUUUUCCAAAAAACCUAAGAGAGCGAAAGAUGAUUCCAAAACAGUUCCUACUCGACUCAAGAUGGAUCCUAUUAAUUUUAAAGUUGAGAAGGUGGAUAGUUUAACAGAUCUUAAACUGGAGGUAAAACCUGUUCUUGCUCCCACACCAAGCAUCGUAGAAAAACUGGGCAUUACCCAAAAAUCAGAUGUAACUAUCCAACCAGCUGUAACUACCCAACCAGCUGUUUCCUCACAGCCAGUUUUAACUCCACAACCUGUUUUAGCACCCCAACCAGCUGUAACCCUCCAACCAGUUUUAGCUCCCCAACCUGUUUUAACUCCCCAACCUGUUUUAACUCCCCAACCUGUUUUAACUCCACAACCUGUUUUAACUCCACAACCUGUUAUAACUCCUAAACCGGUCCUAACCCACCAAGUAGUUUCAGUCCCAAAGAUUGUCCUAGAAUCACAGGUUUCCAGCACACCUUCUCUUUUCCCAGUUGGAGAAACUAAACUGAAAUCUGAAUCCGAACUAACGGAUGAUGAUGAUCCUCCUCCUGUACUUGAGAAACAAAUAGAUCUACCAGAUCUGAAACCAGUUUUGGACUCUAAAGAUCAAAUCAUGGCACAAAUCCCAAUUUCAGAUUCCGAAACAAAGCUGGUAUUAUCGGAACCUAGCCAAACAGUGUCUAACAUUCCUCAAGAGGAAACUGAGAAUAACUCGGAACUAACAAAGUCUUUGCGAAAGGUGAGACUCGCUAAAAAAUCUCCCGUAAAGCAGGUGCGUGAGAAGGUUGAAACUCCUGUUCCCGCCCUCAUCCCGAUCUCUGACCCUCCUGUCGUGAAACCUGUCGGGAUGUCAAGAACCCGAUCGUUUCUAUCCCAGAUGGGGACCGAGGUGUUCGACUUUACAGACGACGAAGAUAUUCCACUUAGUACCUUAGACCUGGAUGCUCUCACCCAGUCUGAGCACAGCACACCCAACCUACUGGUAACAGGCUCCGUCCUGGAUGCAUCACCUCUGGAGAUCUCAAUACCGGAUCCACGUCCUGGUUCCUCUAGUACCCUCACACCUCGCAACAAAUCUCCGCACAAACGGUUUGAAGUGUCACCUACUAUUCUCUCCCAGCAGGACGCCAUCGCCGCUGUUAUGGCGGUGCACAGUGGUCCUGGAGGUUUCCCGUUAAUGAAACUAAACGGUGAGAUGAUGUCUGAUGAUACCGAUACCUCUAUGGGUAGAUCAGGGGUGGAGAAAACAAAGCUUGGGAAGAGAAGGAAGCGAAGAUUAAUGGAAAGUGAUGGAGGAGAUACAGAGGAUGAUCUUGAUCCAUCAAAUAAGAAGGAUAUACGUCCCAAGCGUAGUAAACACACACAAGAGGCUGGAAACGCUCGCCCCAACUCAGCAGCCUCAGGAACCUCAACAGCAUCUGUUCGUGAGCUGGAGGCUAGAGUACAGGCUGAGGAUACAGAUGGAAAACAUUCACCAGACAGCCAGAAAUCUGGAGAUGAGAAAUCUGGAGGAAAAGGUCCGAGUACUGUAGUUCCUGAGAAGGCGAGUUCAUUUAACAUUCAUCCUGAACGAACCUGUGCAGACUGUUGUUAUUAUUGCGGUCUCAAAUUUGGUAUGCUCGACACUCCUCUUCAUGUAGCUCAGCUCAAAACCCUGGAGAAACAGGAGUUUGCAAUGCAGUUCACAGGGUUUGGAACUGAUGCCUGCCUCUGUGAUCGUUGUUUCCGUUUCCUCGACCGGCGUGCUCAGGCCCGUGAUAUGAACGGUUCCAAGAUGGUGAAAGAAGAGGAAAAGGUUAAAAAAUGUCUCAUCCGAAGCUGUAAUCGAGCAGUCACAGGGUCGGUAUCAAAGAAGUGGUUAAUCCGUCUAAAGAAACGAUUAAUGAAGAAAGUAACACUGGACUGGGACAAGGUAUCCAAGGCCUCUGUGAAAGCAACGUUCUUACUCUGCUCGAAACACAACUCAAUGAUAGAAUUCUACUCCAACUGCGGAUUGUGCCGGAGAAAGUUAACUGUUGGCGGGAUUUGUACAUUAGGAAUGACGAAGAAGGAUGUUGAAGAGAUGAAUAUAUUGCUCCGUGAGGAUCAUAUACCAGCAGAUCUUAAGGAGAAUAAUUUCGUCUGUAAACUCUGCAAAACAUUUUGCGGGAUCAAGCAGAAGAGUUUGCAACCUGAUUAUCUCAAAAAUCAUAAAACCCACAAAGCAUUUUACAAGGAUUACCGACGGAGGUUAUAUGUGUUCCUUGAGCUUGGCGAGGAGGAGGAAGAGGAACCUGCUCCAGCUGGACCUGCUCAACCACAACCAAAGGGAGCUGACAAGGGUCCCAAGAAGAUGUUCAAAGUGUCGCAUGCUGAGGGUUCAUGUAAAAUUACCAUCUCCGCCCAUACCCCUGAUUCUGGAGACAGGAAGCGGAGAAAAGAGAAGGAUUUUGCGUCUCCUAGUAGUGAGUCGAAAAUCCACGUAAACUCUGGAUCCCCGUUACCUAUUCCAGAUGGAGAGAGCUUUGACAAAUGUGCUGUAAAUAUUCAGUUUGAUAUGAACACUAAGAAACUGUGGCAGGAUUUACACUAUCCGUACGGAAACUACACUAGUUUCUUCCGGCAUCUUAUUCUCCUGGAAAAAUAUUGGCGAAGCGGUGAUUUAACUCUUGCUCCUACAGCAUCCCUUAAAUCUGCAUCUUACCUUAAGUCUGUUAAGAACCGGAUAACUGCGUAUGAAGGAAAACAGUCUGAUGCAGAUUUAUCAGCAAAUACCCGUCCUGACCUAGAGGAACCUGCUGCACCCACUCUCACCCAUAUUCCAGGGGAAGCUGUGCUUGCCAACCUACCCACAGAUUUGCCUAGUCCUAAACUUGAACCCUUCAAAGAGUCAACUAUCUUAAGGAUACCCAGGAUACCUCAAAGUCUAGUUUCUCCUAACUCAAUCCUUUCUCCGGAGUCUCUUGAGUUAACGCGAGCUAAUUCGCUGUCUCCGACUCCUAAGAUUAGGGUCAGACAAGAUCUCAUGCAGCACCUUGGUCUUAUUGCUAAGAGUUCCGCUAAUAUAGUUGAGAAGAGAAGUAAACCCAGUAGUGUUUACACAACCUCAAGUAAUCAAUCGUUAAACUUUCAGUUUUCUGGUCAGCAGCAUAAUCCUAUUAAUACUGCCUUGCUUCAGCAUGGAACUCCGAACCUAUCUAAACUACUCUCUGAUCCUAACUCAACCUAUAGUGUUGAGGAUAAAACAACUGUUAAGUCCGGAAUCAAGAGCAGUAAUUCCCAGUUGUUUAAGAGCACAGAAUCUUCAGGUGCUAUACCUCUCACCUUUAAUAAUUCUAUUGCUGAGGUGUUGGCUGCAGCGAGCAAAGCUAAACUUAAUAAAUCCCGUGAACCGUCCCCUAAACCUGAAAUCACAAUCACCCCUAAAAUGAGUAAGACCACGGACAAACAAGAUGGUUUAAUCAAAAUUGGUAAGAAGUCUGGAACACCAACCGCUUCUCCAGGUGGGUUAUCAAUACUAAAAAGAACGAUAACCUCGUCAGGGGCCACCGUUAACCCAAUAUCUAACAUGGCGAAGCUGUUGCAAACCCAGAGCCCUGGCCUUCCUCCACAUAUUAUUGCUCAGCAGUCUCUUCCCGCUAGGGCCUCGCCAAAAGUAAUGUCACGCCCGCCGAUCACCGCCUCCUCGAAUUUCCGUCCAGUUCAACUGAGCAGCGGCAAACCGUCCGGUAUUCAAACCGUUAAUAAGAAAUCCCUGACAACAGUUCUAGAUCGUCUCAGCUGCUUCACAACAAGUUCUCCGACUAAACCGAACCCAACUUUAUCCUCUAGUUUAGUUCAACAACUUCAGGCUCCCUUGGUUUCAUCUCGACCCAGUGCUAACUCUAAACCAAGUAAGCAGAACAAGGAAUCGUCUUUAAGAGCUCAAAUCCAGAAAGCCCUGGGUCCAACUGCUCCUCAAUUCAUCUCUCAGCUGAGCAAUACUAACCAGUACUCUCCUUCAUCGUCAAACAGUAAUCAGUUAACAACCUCACAGGGUGUUCAAUACUCUCCUUCUACCACCCUUAGUACUACCCUAACCUCAGCUCUACCUGGUAGUGUUAUAGUUCCCUCCUCCCUCUCUGGUAUACAGAUAUCCCAACCUAUUCUACAGUUCCCUGGAGGAACCAUUGAUCCAACCUCUCUCAUGUUUCCAAAUCUCAUGGGAAACCAAAGAAUAGCUGCUCAGAACGCUGCUCAAAAUGCUGCUUUCAACAUGAUGGCCAGCAUGUCGGGCAUGAGCCCGCAGCAGGCCAUAGAGCUACUCAACCAGCAGCAGCAGCUGAUGAACCAACAGCAACAGCAGCAGCUGAUUAAUCAGCAGCAAAAUAGAAUCCGAGCUCCGCCUCCCCUGAAGAAGCAUGGCAAGGAAGCUUGAGUUUCCCUUUUACAAUAUGAACAUUAAAAAUUGAUUGAUCAGUUGAUAAAGUAUAUAUAUUUAUAUAUACAUAUAUUUUUGUAUUUUAAGUCGCGUCAUGUCGUGUUAAACACACAGUCAAGUUAGUGUUCAGAUUCAACUGAACGAAGUGCACCCAUAAUAUUUUACAUUUAUUCAAUCAUUUUUUAUUUUUAUAUUAAUUUCAAGCUGGACAUUAUUAUUUCUUGAUGCAUCUUUAAGCUUUAAAGAUCUAGUGUUCUAGACGCUAAUUGCUAGAUUUAAUUUAUUAUUUAAGGUGUAUGAUUCAACAGAUCCAUAAAUAUUAGCUAAAGCAUUGUAGAUUUAAUCGUGAGGGGUUCAAAUAUACCCUGGAUUUAUUAGUUUUCCUUCCUCAAAAGUCAAAAUAUAAUUAUUUGUUUUUUCAUCAUAAUUGGUAAGAUUACAGUGAACCUGUUAUCAGUUUUGAAUCUGUUAUGAACACCAAACAAUAUCUUAACCUUCACACCUUGGUUAUGAUGGCGAAUUCUUACAGAGGAUUUAAUAAAUCCUAGGUUUCUGUUUCUUGAAUAUGUCUUGCUUGUAAACUACAUUUAGCGUUGGCGUCUAGAACCCAUGAAUCUAGGUUUUACGAGUUAACAUAUCAUGUCUUAGUUUAUGUAUUUUAUUUAGUUGUUUUGCUUUAAUUUGAUUUUAUGUACUAUUCCUAUCUUGUACAUUGAGUACACAUACAUUUACACCUUGUUGAUUAACUUAUAUACAGGGUUGGUCAUUAAACAAGGGGCUUGGUCGCCGGCAUUAAUGAAUCAAUAUUAGCUGCGAUAUUGUCAGUUAUUGGUUCUUGUUUAUCGAUUAGCCUUGUACCCUUACCCCUCAAUCUACUAGUCAAGGGGGUUUUAUAUUGCACAAAACUCUAUUUGAUUUUUACAGGUCUUUUCUCCCCUAAUUUUAAACGGUAUAAAAUGGGGUUAUAUCCCCCUCCCCCUCCCCUGUUCAGCGACUUUCCCACUCUUGACUCCCCUGUAUAGAUAUUCUAUUUAGAUAUUUCUUGUGUACAGAUACAUACAGAAAAUAAAUUUAAAAAUUAUU